UUAUUCAAUUCAUAAAUGACAAUUGUUUACAUAAUUUACUAGCGGAAUUAAUGGCGGCCGUGUAGCGUACGCACAUCAGUAGGUUAAUAACCACAUUACGAGCUUAUUUGAAAAGAAAUGUAGUGCAUUUGUUUUGAGCGAGGCACUCCCACUGGGAUUUUUUUCGAAAAUAAUUCACUUGUUAUGUAACGUUUUGAAAAAAACACCGUUUAGUUGAGUGUGUUAUUAGAUUACCGUUCUUUGGAUGUUGACAUUCCGUUCGUCCAUUGUUCAAAAUCAGCAGAAAUCGUGUUGGUUUUUCGUGAUCGUACAGUUAGGAUCGUGUUUUUGGAGUCGAUUAUUAGAGGGGUUGGUAAUUGGUCGGUAAUCGGCUUCGAUGGGAAAAGGAGACAUCCCAGUUUCUUAUUGACAUUAUAUCAGUAAAACGAGCGUGACGUUAAAUAAUAGCGCAUCAGUUACGGGUUAAGGAAUUAUUAAUAGCGAGGCUGCUCGGAACGGAAUACUAAAAGCGCGCGCGAUCCAUCCUGUAUAUAAAACCAUGACCACUUCCCACAACUUACGGGGCUCCAACGAAGCAAAGGUAAAAAGUCCCCAGUCUUACCUCAUUAGCAGUAGUUGGCUGUGAUCGUUCGAGCAUCGACCACGGUUUCGACCUUGGGCUGGUCACACUUCUGACCAGCAAUGGGCAAGGUCCGCCCGGCCGGUGAAAAUGUGGCCUUGACUUUAUGGAGUUCAAGCGCUUGCUGCCUCGUAAAUGAACGCACUUUCUAUCUGAUUGCUUCUCGAUCGUUUACGCCGGUUCCUUCCUAAUUUUGUGCCGUGUUUUCCGUACCUAGAGCGCGAAUCGCGGUCUCGUUGGAUAAUGUUGCAAUGUUAUUUCUUACACCGAAUGUCUUAAAGAAAUGUAGAAGUCGACCAGAAAUGGCAGCUACCGACGGACAGAUUACUGUAGCGGCAGCUCGAUGGGCCGAAGAGGGUAGUUACCUUCACGAGUUCGUUUCGAAGCAGCGUUUACCCGCAGCCGUCAAGAUAAUCAAGGGCCAGUAUGGGAGCCUAGGAGUGCCGACAUUACCGAGUCCUGGUUUGCAAUCGACUGCUUUACUAGUCUCAGCUGGAAAGCGCCAAAAAAUAGUUGCACAAGCGGUUAAAUUUAAAGAAGGGCGACGGAUUGUGUGUGUGGGGCCCCGUUUGGCCAUUCCCGAUACGUAUCCCGGUUAUUUCGAGAUACUGAGCGAAGAAGGUAGGUCAGUGCGGUGUAUCGAGAGUGUUUCCGAACUGUCGAGAAGGCGCCCGGAAGAGGGCUGCCUCGUGCGGGAGACGAUACGCGGCGUUCAAGCCAGAAUUGACGUCGAAGGUGCAGUGACGCCCGAAGGAGCGCGUACCAUAGCGAUAGGGGAGGUUUUAGUUCCUUCGGGAGACAUAGUUAUACCCGGUUCGAAAAGUCGUUACCUCAAGUGUACGGAUUCUAAAGGUGAUACUAUUUUGUUAGGUCUAGAACAAAGGGGGAAGUUUUCCGCGCUGGCGCGUGAAGACAAUAUUAGUGGCGUGCACACCGCAAAAACUUUAUUAAGCAAACGUUUACCCUUGACUGUUAGGUUAGUACACGGAACUGCGCCGCGAGGCCUUAAAAGUUCGAGUCAUUUUGUGCCAGAAUUAAGAUUACUAUCGAUAUUCGAAGAAGAACACGUUUUCGCGUUACCUCUCCAAAAGGAAGCAAACAGCGUAACGGCUCUACCCUUAGCGGCACCCUUAAAGUUGCUUCGUACACGAAACGACGACCAACUUCGAGCGUUGCCCGAAUUCGUCAGACUCGUAGAGAAAUGUACAAAAUUAGUAAGCGACGUAGCCGAUCGAAUACAAGUCCUCGACGGAAAAUUGGGCGACCCCAAGAAGCAAUCGCAGACCCCGCCGGCGGCGAUUACAAAAAACGGUUACGCCCUGCGUCGAAGCGCAUCUUCAGAUUCGGCGAAUCACCGCACCAAGCAUUCGCAUCACCGCAAAGACGAAAACAGGGUACCUCUCCCAGACUACGACGAAAUCGACCAAAUUUACGACUACGUCCGCGGAUUCGCCCCCUUACCUAAAAACAUUCGCUCCCCAUUCUCGGAAUCCUCCCCUCUCACCUCCCACAGCUCCACAUUAACGCAGACACCCUCCGAACCCACGAAACCCGAGCCGCCCCCGAUCGAAACCAUUCCCACCAAAAAACUCCAGGCGGAGAAACGCAACCGCAAGUCCGCCUCGUCAACGUUACGCGAAAAUCCGCCGAAACCCCCGGUGUACAUCGACAAAGUUCCGCCGGGCCUCCCGAAGUUGUACGUCAAAAACGGCCAAUCCCAAAGAAGCCGGCUACUCCGACAGAAGAGCUCCUCGCCGAUGAAGGAAACGCCGCCGAGUCCCGUGUCGAAAUCCGGCUCGCCGCUUUUCAACAUACGCUACAAGUCCCUCAGCAAUCUCCAGCAGGCGAUGGAAUUGGACGGCACCCUCGACUCGAGCCAUUCCGGCGGUCGAGCGUCCGGAGAUUCGGGCGCGGGCACCAAGCAGCCGGAGAAGAGAUCGCGCAAGCUUUCCCGCCCGAGAAGCCUGACGAAUAUCGUUUGGGAAAUACGGGAGCAUCCGGACAUUUCGAUGCUGGACAAGCCGAAAAAGAUCGAAUCGGCCGGUAUUGUCUACAAGAAACAUCCCAAAUACUCGCUUAGUGGGCACAAUCCACGUCGAGGCACGCUGUACUUAUAAAAUCUCUCUUUUAUAUCAAGUGCAACGCUUAAGCUAUUGUGAUUUUUUUGUGUACGGUUAAGAUAGCAAAACUAUCGUUAGGACUUGUGAUUUAUAGGUUUAAGUAUGUACAUUUUUUAUUUUUUACUAAGUGAUAUUUUCGAUGUUCUGAAUUUUUGAUCUCUCGCGCAUUUUGUGCCAUUUUUGGAACAACUUGUUCUUCGUCUUCUUUACGUUACGCUAAGAAUUGUUUCGAAGAAUUAACCGCGGGGUCGUUGCCAAAUGCGUUGAAAGGAAGUUGUGGGGUCUUUGACUGCAGUUCCCUGCGACGACGAGCUGCAUACAUUAUCGGGUCUGUCUUGAAUUCUAAUUAUUACGUUUCUACAGUCGACAUUAUUAUUAGUGCCCAUUUAUAGUCUCCAUUUGUAAUUGUGCCUUUAUAGUAAAAACAGCCUAAAAUAGAAAUGCACGCUAGCAUUUUUACGUGAGUACAAGUUAGGGGCCAAGGGGGGUUAUUCACAUUUACACGUUAAUAUUUGAUCUACAGUUUUGACGAACCGACUAAGCGGUACUUUUUUGUUGCGAGUAGGUACGUUUGAAGGUUAGCGCAAAUGUUACACCCUAACAGAAUUCACACAAAAA